AGUUAUAUUCACGGCAACAGACAAUUCUGGGGGCGUAAACGUUGGCACCGUUGACUUUGAUGCUCUUGCGCCAAUAAUUUGAUAUGCGUACGCCACUAAUAUAGUUUAAAAUUUCAUUGCGUUUUAUAGAUAAUUACCCCGAAAAAAUUCAACUGUUUGUUCAGGUGAACAAAGAAAAUAAUUCUUUACGUUGAUGCUGAAAACUGUUCCCAUAAAGGGCUCGCAUUACAUAUAAGCAGUUUUGCAAAGCGAAGUGGCGGCGUCAGCCGGCGCCCAAGGCCGUGAAUCCGGAGCUUGUGGAUUAGGAUUGUGGGAGUGGUUUCGGAAUUUCGAUGAGUAAUUACUUUCUUUAAAAAAGAAGAGGGGAAGUUGGGUGAUAUUUUACGAAAUUGUGAGAGUGGUUGUUAGUGCUUUAGUGUUGCAGCUGUCGGAUUAUGGCCCAAAUUCUACCUAUUAAGUUUCAGGAGCAUUUGCAGCUCACCAAUGUGGGCAUCAAUGCAUCCAACAUCGGCUUCAACAUGCUCACGAUGGAGUCAGACAAGUUCAUCUGCGUGCGGGAGAAGGUGGGCGAGACGGCGCAGGUGGUCAUCAUCGACAUGGCCGACACUGCCAACCCGAUCCGACGGCCCAUCUCGGCCGACUCGGCCAUCAUGAACCCCGGCAGCAAGGUCAUCGCCCUCAAAGCCGGUAAGACGUUGCAAAUAUUCAACAUCGAGAUGAAGAGCAAGGUGAAGGCGCACACGAUGUCGGAGGAGGUGGUGUUCUGGAAGUGGAUCAACAUCAACACGGUGGCCAUCAUCACAGACACCUCCGUCUUCCACUGGAGCAUCGAUGGCGAUUCUCAGCCGCAGAAGAUGUUUGACCGGCACUCGACGCUGGCCGGCUGUCAGAUCAUCAACUACCGCACUGAUCACAAGCUCAACUGGCUGCUGCUGGUCGGCAUUUCGGCACAGCAAAACCGCGUGGUGGGCGCCAUGCAGCUGUACUCUGUGGAGCGGAAGGUGAGCCAGCCGAUCGAGGGCCACGCGGCCGCCUUCGCCCAGUUUAAGAUGGACGGCAACCCGGAGCCGUCCACGCUGUUCUGUUUCGCCGUGCGCAGCGCUACAGGCGGAAAGCUGCACAUUAUCGAGGUGGGCCAGCCGGCGGCCGGUAACCAGCCGUUCACCAAAAAGGCAGUGGACGUGUACUUCCCGGCCGAGGCUGCCAGCGACUUCCCAGUGGCCAUGCAGAUCAGCCCCAAGUUCGACACCGUCUACCUGGUCACCAAGUACGGCUACAUCCACCUGUACGACAUCGAGACGGGCACGUGCAUCUACAUGAACCGCAUCAGCAGCGAUACCAUCUUCGUGACGGCCGCGCACGAGGCGACCAGCGGUAUCAUCGGCGUCAACAGGAAGGGCCAGGUGCUCUCCGUCAGCGUCGACGAGGAGAACAUCAUCCCGUACAUCAACAACGUGCUGCAGAACCCCGAGCUGGCGCUGCGCAUCUCGGUGCGCAACAACCUGGCCGGCGCCGAGGACCUGUUCGUCAGGAAGUUCAACAACCUCUUCCAAGCCGGACAGUACGCCGAGGCGGCCAAGGUGGCGGCCAACGCGCCCAAGGGCAUCCUGCGCACGCGAGAGACGAUUCAGCGGUUCCAGCAGGUGCCCACCCAGCCGGGCCAGUCGUCCCCGCUGCUGCAGUACUUCGGCAUCCUGCUGGACCAGGGCCAGCUGAACAAGUUCGAGUCGCUCGAGCUGUGCCGACCCGUGCUCCAGCAGGGCCGCAAACAGCUCAUCGAGAAGUGGCUCAAGGAGGAGAAGCUCGAGUGUACCGAGGAGCUAGGUGAUCUGGUGAAGCAGGCCGAUCCCACGAUGGCUCUGUCCAUCUACCUGCGUGCUAACGUGCCCAACAAGGUGAUCCAGUGCUUCGCCGAGACGGGCCAGUACCAGAAGAUCGUGCUCUACGCCAAGAAGGUGGGCUACACGCCCGAUUACGUGUUCCUCCUGCGUAACGUGAUGCGCGUGAACCCGGACCAGGGCGCGGCGUUCGCGCAGAUGCUGGUCCAGGACGACGAACCGCUGGCUGACAUCAACCAGAUCGUGGACGUCUUCAUGGAGCAGAACAUGGUGCAGCAGUGCACAGCCUUCCUGCUGGACGCGCUGAAGAACAACCGGCCGGCCGAGGGGCCACUGCAGACCCGCCUGCUCGAGAUGAACCUGAUGUCGGCACCCCAGGUGGCCGACGCUAUCCUCGGCAACCAGAUGUUCACCCACUACGACCGGCCGCACAUCGCCCAGCUCUGCGAGAAGGCCGGCCUGCUGCAGCGCGCGCUCGAGCACUACACCGAUCUGUACGACAUCAAGCGCGCCGUGGUGCACACGCACAUGCUGAACCCCGAGUGGCUGGUCAACUUCUUUGGCACGCUGUCGGUCGAGGACUCUCUGGAGUGUCUGAAGGCGAUGCUGCAGGCCAACAUCAGACAGAAUCUGCAGAUCGGCGUACAGAUCGCCACCAAGUACUAUGAGCAGCUGGGAACCACGCAGCUGAUGGACCUGUUCGAGUCGUUCAAGUCCUACGAGGGACUCUUCUACUUCCUCGGCUCCAUCGUCAACUUCAGCCAGGAGCCCGAGGUGCACUUCAAGUACAUCCAGGCCGCGUGUAAGACCGGUCAGAUCAAGGAGGUGGAGCGGAUCUGCCGCGAGUCCAACUGCUACAACCCGGAGCGGGUGAAGAACUUCCUGAAGGAGGCCAAGCUGACCGAUCAGCUGCCGCUCAUCAUCGUCUGCGACCGCUUCGACUUCGUGCACGACCUUGUGCUCUACCUGUACAGAAACAACCUCCAGAAGUACAUCGAAAUCUACGUACAGAAGGUGAACCCGUCCCGCCUCCCGGUGGUGGUGGGCGGCCUGCUGGACGUCGACUGCUCGGAGGACAUCAUCAAGUCGCUCAUCAUCGUGGUGCGCGGCCAGUUCUCCACGGACGAGCUCGUCGAGGAGGUGGAGAAGCGUAACCGGCUGAAGCUGCUGCUGCCCUGGCUGGAGAACCGCGUGCACGAGGGCGUACAGGAGCCGGCCACGCACAACGCGCUGGCCAAAAUCUACAUCGACGCCAACAACAACCCCGAGCGAUUCCUCAAGGAGAACCAGUUCUACGACAGCCUCGUGGUGGGCAAGUACUGCGAGAAGCGAGACCCGCACCUGGCGUGCGUGGCCUACGAGCGCGGCCAGUGCGACCGAGAGCUGGUGGCACACUGCAACGAGAACUCGCUGUUCAAGGCCGAGGCGCGGUACCUGGUCCGACGCAGGAACAUGGAGCUCUGGGCUGAGGUGCUCCAGGAGGACAACCCGUACCGUCGCCAGCUGAUGGACCAGGUGGUGCAGACUGCGCUCAGCGAGACACAGGACCCCGAGGACAUCUCCGUCACCGUCAAGGCCUUCAUGACGGCCGACCUGCCCAACGAGCUCAUAGAACUCCUCGAGAAGAUUGUGCUGGACAACUCUGUGUUCAGCAGCCACCGCAACCUGCAGAACCUGCUCAUCCUGACGGCCAUCAAGGCGGACCGCAGCCGCGUCAUGGAGUACAUCAACCGGCUGGACAACUACGACGCCCCCGACAUCGCCAACAUCGCCAUCACCAACGAGCUCUACGAGGAGGCCUUCGCCAUCUUCAAAAAGUUCGACGUCAACUCGUCGGCGGUACAGGUGCUGAUCGAGAACGUCAACAAUCUGGACCGUGCGUAUGAGUUCGCCGAGCGGUGCAACGAGCCGGCCGUCUGGUCUCAGCUGGCCAAGGCGCAGCUGGGCCGCGACAUGAUGAAGGAGGCCAUCGACUCGUUCAUCAAGGCCGACGACCCGACCGCCUACCUGGAGGUGGUGGCCGCCGCCCACCGGCUCGACACCUGGGAGGAGCUCGUGCGCUACCUGCAGAUGGCGCGCAAAAAGUCGCGCGAGUCGUUCAUCGAGUCGGAGCUGAUCUACGCGUACGCCAAGACCAACCGGCUGGCCGACCUGGAGGAGUUCAUCGCGCAGCCGAACCACGCUGAUAUUCAGAAGAUUGGCGACCGUUGUUUCGACGAUGGCAUGUUCGAGGCGGCCAAGCUGCUCUACAACAACGUGUCCAACUUCGCCCGGCUGGCCAUCACGCUGGUCAACCUCAAGGAGUUCCAGGGCGCCGUCGACAGCGCCAGGAAGGCCAACAGCACGCGCACCUGGAAGGAGGUGUGUUUCGCAUGCGUCAGCUCUGAGGAGUUCCGGCUGGCGCAGAUGUGCGGCCUGCACAUCGUGGUGCACGCCGACGAGCUGGAGGACCUCAUCAACUUCUACCAGGAGCGCGGCUACUUCGAGGAGCUCAUCAGCCUGCUGGAGGCGGCGCUGGGCCUGGAGCGCGCCCACAUGGGCAUGUUUACCGAGCUGGCCAUCCUCUACUCCAAGUACAAGCCGGAGAAGAUGAGGGAGCACCUGGAGCUGUUCUGGUCGCGGCUCAACAUCCCCAAGGUGCUGCGUGCCGCCGAGCAGGCCCACCUCUGGUCCGAGCUGGUGUUCCUGUACGACAAGUACGAGGAGUACGAUAACGCCGUGCUGACCAUGAUCGCACACCCGACGGCCGCCUGGCGCGAGUCGCACUUCAAGGACAUCAUCACCAAGGUGGCCAACAUCGAGCUCUACUACCGCGCCAUCAACUUCUACCUCGACUUCAAGCCGAUGCUGCUGAACGACCUGCUGCUGGUGCUGUCGCCGCGCAUGGACCACACCCGCUCCGUCGCCUUCUUCCGCAAGAACGGCCACCUGAAGCUGGUGAAGCCGUACCUGCGCUCGGUGCAGUCGCUGAAUAACAAGGCCAUCAACGAGGCGCUCAACAGCCUGUUGGUGGAGGAGGACGACUUUGCCGGCCUGCGCGCCUCCAUCGACGCGUUCGACAACUUCGACAACAUCUCUCUGGCGCAGCAGAUGGAGAAGCAUGAUCUGAUCGAGUUCCGCCGCAUCGCCGGCUACCUCUACAAGGGCAACAACCGCUGGAAGCAGAGCAUAGAGCUCUGCAAAAAGGACAAACUUUACAAGGACGCCGUCGAGUACGCGGCCGAGUCGAAACGUCCCGAGAUGGCCGCCGAGCUGCUGGAUUGGUUCUUGGAGCAGCGCAACUUCGACUGCUUCGGCGCGUGCCUCUUCCAGUGCUACGACCUGCUCGAGCCCGAUGUGGUGCUCGAGCUGGCCUGGCGCAAUAACAUCAUGGACGUGGCCAUGCCGUACAUGGUGCAGAUCCUCAAGGAGUACACUGGCAGGAUCAAGAAGCUGGAGGAGGCGGAGAUCAACCGUGCCGAGGAAGAGAGCACAACCGGCGAACAAAAGAUGAUGAUGCAGCCGCAGCUGAUGCUGACACAAGGGCCGGGCGUGGUGGGCCCGCCUCAGCCGGGCUACCCGGCGGCGGCGGCGCCCGGCUACGCGCCCGGCUACCAGAACGGGCCGUACGGCCAGGCGCCGGUCGGCGUGCCGCCCAUGCCCGGCUACCAGGGCUACUCGAUGUGAUGCGCGCCGCUAACCGUGUGACCCACACGCAGCCGGCACUGAGAACCAUUCCAUGCGAGCGAGCGAGCCGCGCCGCCACUGCCGCCGCCGCGCCACACACGCGCGCCCGGCGCCCGGCCUACGCUCCAUGCGAUGGAGACGCACGAGUGAACGAGCGCGCGAGCGAGCACCGCCCGCGAGUUGUUAUUGUUCUGUCCGUACUGUGCGGUAGCGUGUGCAGCAAAAUUGUGAGACGACGAGACGCUAUCAGGAGGUAAUUAUCACUAUUAUUUAGCCCUAGAUGUAUUUAUGGUGAGGCGAGUCCGAAUGACGCGCAGGGCGGGCAGCGCUUGGUGACAGGAGAGAGAGCGAGCGAGCGAGUGCGGCCGACCGGGGCGGGGUGUCUGUCGGCCGUGGCCGGCCCGUCAGUGUCGUCGGUCCGUGUAGCCGGCAGUGAGCUGCGCCGCCGCCGUGUGAACGUGUUGUUCGUCGUGUUGGUGGUCCUCUUCCCCCGUAGCACGGCGCGGCUGUACAUACCGCGCUGGCGGUCCGCCGGCCGCCGCCGCCGCCGUCGCCGCUGCUCUGGCGGCGGCCCAGCAGUCCCGUGCGUGUUUGGUAGCCGGCUUUUUGAGCAGUCAUUUAUCAUCUAUCUAUUCACAACACUCUGAGUAUUCUCAUGAUAACGUAUUUAGUCAGUGUUAGUGCUGCCCCCGCCGCCAGGCAGCCGGUCAGUGAGCCCCGCACGAGGGCGCUGGCCGGGUGGCGCGGCGCACCAGGGCCACCCGCCCACCCGCCGGGCGAGCGAACGCAACCAGGCCGGCACCCCAGAGCUAUCUUCGAGUCGGGAAUAUAGCGGACAGGUAACC